AAUAAAAGAAUAUAUACAAAUGGGUGUUUUGGGGUUUCCAAUGGCUUGUGGGCAUGUACAAAUUAUGCUUGCAAGAAUAAAUAAAACAUCCACCCUUCUUCCUAAGGUAUUACAAAGAGUAGCAGUUUCUUGCAGACACCAGAAAUGGGGGAAAGAAAAAUGACCAAUGCCUGUUUCUGACCUCCACACAGAGUGUUGUAAUAAAAUCACAAAUAUCAUCACUUUUCUGCUUUCUAUGUCUUAUUCAAAGUUUCCUUUGUUCUUCUUUUAAUGGAAAGCAAUUCCAUUUUCUUGUCUUUGGUUCUUUUGCACUGGCAGAGAACUAAGAGAUCUUUCUAUGCUUUGCUUUCUCUUCUUCUGAUCUGUCUCUUAGCUUACAACACUGCCACCAUAUUCUGCACCCAUGUCAUUGUCCCCGUCCCGGCUCCUCCGGCGAGCUUCUUGCCGGAAAAUGCCACUGGAAAAUCAAGAACCUCCUCUUUUUCGUCCUCCCCCAAACUAUGGCCUGCCAUGCAGCAUUUGGCGAAAGCCAGAGUCGAGAAUUUGAAUCGCAAAGAUCAAAACUUGGUCGAUUCGAUAAGCAGACGCAGAAUCAAGCAAGCUACACGAAGAGGGAGAUGGAGGCGGCGUUCGAUGAAGCUUCUUCAGGAGUCUGAGGAUUCGAAGCUGUUUGGAUCAAGAGUGAGGAAGUUUUUCAGGUCCGAUUCUUCGCAUUCUUCCUGUAAGUUCAGAUUUUUCAUGACUUGGAUUUCUUCGGCGGAGUCUUUCGGAGACAGAGAGAUGCUCUGUGUGGAGAGUGUUUUCAAGGCGCAUCCGAAAGGCUGCUUGAUCAUCGUCUCAAAUACGAUGGAUUCGGCGAAAGGGACGGAAAUCUUGAGGCCGUUUUCCGACAUGGGUUUGCGCAUUGCCGCAAUUUCUCCCGACUUCGAUUACCUGUUCAAAGGGACGGGAGCUCGAGCUUGGUACAAUAAGUUGAAGAAAGGGCACGUAAAUCCCGGGGAGGUUUCGUUGGGUCAGAACCUAUCGAAUCUGCUUCGAAUGGGUCUACUCUAUCGAUUUGGCGGGAUAUACAUCGACACCGACGUCAUUGUUUUGAAAAGCUUUGAAGGCCUGAGGAAUGCCAUCGGCGCGCAGACUAUCGAUCUCGCCACGCGGAAUUGGAGCCGGUUGAAUAAUGCGGUGAUGGCGUUUGACAGGGGCCAUCCGUUGCUUCGCGAGUUUAUCGAAGAAUUCGCGAAGACAUUUGAUGGAAACAAAUGGGGACACAAUGGGCCGUAUUUGGUAUCAAGAGUAGUCUCGAGGAUGCACCGUGAAGAGUUGGGGUUAGACUUCAUGGUGCUGCCGCCAAUGGCGUUCUAUCCUGUCGAUUGGAGUAAGAUUAGAAGUCUUUUCAUGGGGCCAAAGAGCUUGCGUCACUCGAAAUGGAUAUUCGCGAAGCUUAAGCAGAUUCGAGGCCAUAGUUUCGCUAUUCAUCUGUGGAAUAAACAGAGCCGAGCCAUUGCCGUCGAGGACGGGAGCAUCAUACAGCAUGUUUUGUUGAGCACAUGUGUUGUUUGCAACUUCUCUUCUUUGAGUGUAAUAAAGAGCAUAGAAUGAAGCUAAGUUUAGUCAAUUUUAUUACAUUAGUUUUUUU